CAGCAAAUCUCGGGAGCACGUUAAAAAGCGAAGCUGAGCGGCAGCCGGGGAAGGAAGAAAACACCUCCAUAGAAGGCAGCGGAGCAGCGGCCACAGCAGCGCCCGCAACGCCGCGGCCGCCGGCCCCAAACUUUCUGGCGUCGGCUCGGGCGGGCCCGGCGGUGGGUGCGGGUCUGUCGGCCGGGUCGCUGAGCCUGCAGCCCCUCCGCACGAUGCCCGCGGCGCUGCCCUGCCUGCUGGCCUGGCUGCUGGUGCUGCUGCUCGGCAGGGCCCGCCCGGCCGACGCCUGCAGCUGCUCGCCCAUCCACCCGCAGCAGGCCUUCUGCAACGCGGACGUAGUGAUCCGAGCAAAGGCCAUGUCUGCCAAAGAGGUGGAUUCAGGGAAUGACAUAUACGGAAAUCCGAUCAAACGAAUCCAGUAUGAAAUCAAGCAGAUCAAGAUGUUCAAGGGCCCUGACAAGGACAUAGAGUUCAUCUACACGGCUCCAUCCACCGCCGUGUGUGGCCGGCUGCUGGACACCGGCGGGAAAAAGGAAUAUCUCAUUGCAGGCAAGUCAGAGGGCAAUGGCAAGAUGCACAUCACGCUCUGUGACUUGGUCUCCACCUGGGACUCACUGAGCCCAACCCAGAAGAAGAGCCUAAACCAGCGGUACCAGAUGGGCUGCGAAUGCAAGAUCUCGCGCUGUCUCUCCAUCCCCUGCUUCGUCUCCUCCUCGGACGAGUGUCUCUGGACAGACUGGGCGAUGGAGAAGAACAAUGUGGAUGGGCGGCAGGCGAAGCACUACGCUUGCAUCAAGAGGAGUGAUGGCUCAUGUGCCUGGUACCGCGGCAUGGCACCCCCCAAGCAAGAGUUUCUUGACAUUGAGGACCCCUAAAGCCAAACAAGCGCAUUCCAGUAGCCAGUAGAAAAAACCUGCGAGAUGUUAGACUGGUCCAUGCUGAUAUCAAUCCCUGGAGACAGCAUGAAAACUUGCUCGGCCACAGUGGUCCUAGGGCUGCAGUGGUUGCCAUGGGCAUGCAGGGGGGCAGGGACAGGGACCUGCUCUGUGGCAGGGCUGAGCAAGGCACAGGGGGAACCCACAGUGGGGGCUGCAUCCCACCAGGCCAUGCUCAGCCCUGGCACCCUGGCAUCUGUGAAGGAACUGAACCCUUGGGAGUGGCAGGAGCUGCCCCGUCUGUGUAGCAGGUCUACCAGUGCCUCCGCACCACGGGCUCUUACCAGGCAGACCCCCUAACGCAGUGUCCCCUGCCACCUGCCAGCAGCAGGGACCCCCAGUCCCCAACCCCUGCCCAUCCUCCCCUUUGGAAUCCGGGAAGAGUCCAGCCCUCCAGGCAGAAACCCCGGCUGUGUGUGAGGGGCUAUAGGCCUUUUCUGGGGCUGGCUGGCUCCUGUGCAGGUGUUUGGAGGGCCACCUGAGCAUGGCUGGAGGGACCCCCCUGUCACACACCCUAGACCCACUGCCCUUCUUCACAUGCUCCUCUCCCCCAGGGAAUGGGAGGUGGGCAGAGGGUUCACCACUUCCCCCAGCAUUGUGCUGGGGCCAUUCCCACCACAGCCGUUUGCAUGGGGACAUAGCUACUGUGGCCCCUUCUGCAGCUGCUGCCAUUGCACAGGCUUAGCCGCAGCAGCUUCGGACGCAGGAGGGCUCAGCAGGGCACAGGGGCAGGAGCUCUGGGUGCAGAGUCUUUCCCAUCUCCUCAUGCACUGUUGGCUGAGCCAUAGUCUUCAGCAGCACCUGCGCUGGUUGAGCUCCCCAGUCCACAGUGGUGAGGAUGGAGCCUUGUACCAGGAGGGCAUAGGCCGCAAGCAGCUGCAGGAAUCCCCGUCCUCCUCUGGUGCACCCCCCAUUGUACCCGCUUUCUCUGAGCCAUUGCCGUGUUGCAGCGGUGCUGGCAUGUGCCGUGGGGCUGCCCGUCUGAGACGGCUCUGCCACGUGUGCCCACCGCAGCUCUGGGAGGUGUUUUCAUGCUGAGCAUCCCUGCCAGGUCUCAGAUGUCGUCCUGGACCAGUCUGGGCAAUUUCAACAUACUAAAGAGAAACAUUAAAGAGAAAAGGAAACCCCCACCCCCAGGGCCCCUCGUCCCGCCGCGCGCUGUAUGGUUGUAUCACACGUGCCAUUGCUGCUGGUAGUCUGUCCCAGUUUAAUAUCGCCACUUGUUCUGCCA